GGUGUUUCUCUGAAGUUGAUAGUAUGUUAGCUUUUUGUUGGUAGUAGUGUUAGCAAAGCUUCUACGGUUUGCAAAGUAUCUCAUUAAUGUUUGCUUAGUAACGAUAUCGCGACGCUUUUUUAAGCAGAUAUAUUUUAAAAUGGUGUUUGUUUGUGUUUUGAGUUAUGUAUUAAUAUUUACUUUGCUCCUAAUGAUUAAGACGCAAUGCUAAGGUUUUUUUUUACUAGCUAGCUAGUUACUCUCCGCUAACUAGUUAGCUACAAUAAAAAUAACGCCUUGACUAAUAAGAUAGGUAAUUAGACAAAUAAUGUUGUUGUAAUUUUAUAUGAACACAUCUUAUUUAGCCAUCACAGAAUGAGUUUGGCAGCAACCGGAAAGAAACAUGAACUUGUCUCUAAUUUAAGGUUAAGCUAAAACUAGAUGAGUGGAUACAAUGGUGUGGUCCAGUUUUUAUGGCAUAAUUCUCAAAGAAAUGACUAAAUCCUGAUCUUUGUCAUAUCUAGCUCUAAUAAAUAUCCUGACGGUUAAUGUUGACAGUCUUGUUUUUAUUUUAACAGUAUAUUCCUGUUUAUGAAGAAGUAUUUUAAAGGGGUCAGUGUAUAUGAGGUCGAAUCUCCUUUCAGUAACGUGAUCUACAGUUCUGCUCCUGAGCGAAACACAUACAUCAUGUCCAUUGUGCAUUUCCAUAAUCUGCUGGGGGGUUUUUAUGUUGUGCUUUGUUUCUUAGUUCUGACCUCAUCCCUCAUUCGAUAAUCUCAUUUCAUGUUUGUUUGUUUUUUUUUUUUAAGGGACGCAGCCAUGAGUUCCCUGCCGGAAGCCACGCGUUCCCUCGUGCAGGUGUUCAACGGGAAGCUGCAGGAGUUCACCAACGAGAUUGAGAAUAUUCACAUGGUAUGGCUGGAAGAGAUUCAGCAGGAGGCUAAGCGCAUGUUCUCCAGCGACUUCAGCACAGAGCCAGAGCUUAUGCCAAAGACUCCAUCGCAGAAGAAGACGAACCGCAGGAGACGCGUGUCCACAGAGCUCGGCGAAGCUCGUAGCAAAAGACGUUUCUCUAAGGGGAAGCGCAGUAACCUGCGACGUUCCUCAGUCCAGCUCACUCUAAAUUCAAUCUCUGAGUUGGUGGUUACACAAGCCCCCAAUGACAGUACUGACAGUGUGGUUGAGGAGCCUGCUCGCCGCACACGCCGCAACAAAGCCGCCGCGGCUGCAGACAGCGAGCCGGUCAAACGUAGCACACGCAACAAAGCGGCUGCCAAGGCAAAGGAGCAGGCUGAGAAGGUGGAGGAGGUGCUGGCAGCUGCUCCACAGUCACCUGAGAAUGUUGCAAAGGAAAAGGAGCACUCGGUUGAGGAGUCGAGCAGCUCUUCAACUUCUGUGCAGACACUGGUGUCUGAGGCUGUGGUGAAAAUCCCCUCGGUUGAACGUCUUUCUGCUGAGAAGCUACUCCAGUGCUCUCCCUCUCCAAACCGCUACGCACAGAAGAUUACCAUAGCAGCUGCAGGUGGCCAGGCGUCGGCGAGGAGCUCAGCCCGACACUCCCUCGUAGUGCGGCGUUCUCUGGCAGGCCUCAGGCACAGCAUGACUCAGGAAGCAGUGCGUCGUGCUUCUCGGCGCUCGUUUCUGAAGAAGAAGGCCAGGCUGGGCAACUCGACAUGCAGCAGCACCAUCAGUGGGGACGUGUCUGUGGAUGUAGAACCAGAGGAAAAUGACAAAGCGGUGGAGGACAGGAUGGAGGAGGUGGUUGGUGAGGAAGAGCCAGCAGCAGAAUCGAACACUGAAACCGAGGCAACCCAGCCUGAGGAGUCUGAGCCCAUGAAACCAGUAGGUGAGGCUGUUCCCAUACUGGCGAAUGAUGAGAUGACCACAUCUCCCAGUGUCCAAGAAAAUUGCCGCUUUACGCGCUCCAUGGCCCAGCCCUCAGGAUCAGAUGACAGUGGGAAAAACAGUCAGGAUGAUGUUCGGGCGUCUCGCUCAGCUACCAAACGUGCAGCUGCAGAAGCAGCAGCAGAAGUACUCAGCACCCCCAAGAAGAAGCACUCUCCUCCUAAGAAGUGCAUGACUGGCAUCACACCCGGCAUGCGCUCCUUCCUGCACACAGUGCAGAAAAACCAGCUGCUGAUGAUGACUCCAAGCUCUCUUGGUCGUACCUCUGUCAUGAAAUCCUUUAUUAAACAGAGCGGAAAGCUCGAAGUCAAGCAGUUGAGUGCUGGCUCAGUGGAGCGGGAGCGACAGAAAUGGGACGCCCUUAACAAGAAGAUUGAGCAAGAAAAUGAAAGAAAGAAAAAGCUGGAGGAGGAGAGAAGGAAGAAACAGGAGGAACUGAAAAAGAAACGGGACGAGCGUUUGAAACGUGUAGUGGAGGCCCGGGUGAAAGGAGAAAAGGAGAAAGAGCAGGAAAAGAAAAAGAAAAUAGAAGAGAAAAUGGCACAAAUAGAGAAGAAACAUGACAUGCUGCGUGUGGAGCGGCUCGCUGAGGAGAAAGCAAAGAAAAAGGUGGCAACGAAGCGUCAAGAGGAAUUGGAACUUCGUAAGAAACAGGAAGAAGCGGCUCGGAAGAAAAAGCUUCAGCAAGCCGAGGAGGAGGAGCGGCGACACCAGGAGCUGUUGGCCAAGCGUAAGGUUGAGGAGGAGCGGGAGAAGGCACGCAAACAAGCCGAGGCUGCUCGUGCUCUGGAGCUCAAGAAGGAGCAAGAGAGGGAGCGGGAACGCGAGAGGCAGCGUGAGGAGAGAGAGCGGGAGCGAGAACGACAGGCUGCUGCUGAGAGGGAGAGGUUGGAGCGUGAGAGAGUGGAGCGGGAGAGGGCCCUAGCUCUUCAGAAGGAACUGGAGAGAGCGGCCAAGGAGAAAGAGAGGAGAGAGCUGGAGGAGAAGAGGAAGAAGGAAGAGGAGCAGAAAAGGGCUGAGGAGGAGAGAAUGGCCCAACAGAAACGUGCUGCUGCUACUGCUGCACCCCCUACAGUCACUACUGUUGUAAACCUGCCUGUCAGCAAAGCUCUUAAUACUGCAAUUACACACAGUCCUGCACUAAAUGUUACAGUAGAUCUUGAGCAUUCAGUCAUGAAUACUCCUGCUGGCAAAGGGACCGCUCAUAACAAGACUAUUGAUAAGGGAGCAGGGCUUAAUGUUACUGUAGAUGUAGAGAAGUCUCCUCAGUCCUACCAGAUUACACCUAAAGGCAAGAAGGUUGAGGUUUUGGUCAAUCCAGAGGACUAUGGCAUGGACCAGAACAGUGAUGACUCAACAGAUGAUGAGUCAGCACCCAGGAAACCCAUCCCUUCCUGGGCUGAGGGUAUGCAGCUUCAGCAAGCUAUUAUGAAGCAAUAUUAUGACCCAGUGGAUCUGCACUCCUACUUUGGGGUUGUUGAGCAGCCCAACCUGGAGAAGAUUUUCCAAAGGAGCAAACCACGCUUCUUCAAGCGCACAAGCUCUGCUGUCUGGCACUCCCCUCCACCCAUGGGUGCCAUGCCCAACUAGCUGGGAACUGUCUGUUAGAAUUUGUUGUUGUUUGUCUAUUUCUCUGUUUUUUGUUUGUUUGUUUUUUAAAUAUGAAAGCAUUUUAGAUUUUGUGUUUAUAUAAAACAUUUGGAUUUCACAUAAAUAAAGUGCUAUAAAAAUGUAUCAGAGGUAGAGUAAUAGAAAAUCCAAAAAGGGUUUUACAACACAAUGCUGUGCACCCUGACCCCACUCCAUUAUUCUUCCACUUAUAUUUUAACCUACAGUAUUUCGCAAUACUGUUAUUUAGUGCUGUUAGUAACUGGGGCCUUCGUACAUCUGUUAUGAAAUGGCAUGGCCACUUUGGGAUACAAUCUUAUGGGUUACAGAAAUCACUGUAUGUAUGUAAAUUUUUGUUUUUGUUUUUUCAUUUAAAAUAUGCCUCGGAAAAGAAAUGGUCAAAUGCUGCCUAUAUAUUUCUGUAAUGGUGGGGGGGGAGUUUUGAAAUUUAUUUUUGUUAAGUAGGCUAAGGUUGGGGGGGGGGUGUUUUGUGUGUCUCUCAACCCCCACACAAAAGGUGUGGAGCUUUCCUCAGACUAAUUAACAAGUAAUUAAAUUAAUAAUCUAAGUAAUUAAUUGUGACAUUAUGAUUAAAAAAAAAGUGAGAACUUGGU